AUGGAGAUGCAAGCCGUUGACAGCCAGGUCGAUACAGAGGGUCCCGUGAAGCCCAAGGUUGGAGGAGUCCGCAACAACCAAGGGGGGAUGAUGCAUUCCGCCCCUCCGAAAAUGGGUUCUCAUCCCCGAAAGAAGGCACCCGUCGAUAGCUGGGAAGAUGAAAUGCUAAGCGAAGAUGAGGAGGAUGUUGAAAAGACCGAGGACAAAUGCGAUUCCCGUGAAUCAAAAGUCCAGACAAAAGGACGUCGACGGAAGGCCGGAUCGGAGAAGAAGCAAUUGGAGAAGAAGGUGCCUGCAGACAAGUCCCAGGGGUCUAUGAUUCUAGUUUCUCGGGCCUUUACAGAGCUCCAAGCAGAGUUUGAGUCCAAGUUCAGGGCAAUGUGGGCCUGA